AUGUUUAUUUUUCAGGCAAAAAGCUGUGUUAUUGGAGAGCGCUGCCUGAGGACUGCUUCUAGAGGGAUCCUGAGAUCUGCCAUGUCUUCUGUGUUUGGGGUUGAGAACUCUGCAUCUGGAGUGCUAAGGAGAGCUGUAGAAUUGGACACCAGUGGCCGGUAUCAGGAGAGUCUUGUGUGCUACCAGGAGGGCAUCGACUUGCUAAUACAGGUUUUAAAGGGUCAGUGAAGGGACAAAAACAUGUGGAAGUGCAGAGUACAUCAUUCAUAGUUUCACAAAUGACAGUGUGUUAUCAAUUAAUUACAUACACAUUUUUCAUUUAAAUUGAAAUUAAUUUUGGUCUUAGAUGGAUAAUUUAAGCACCCAAACAACUUUAUCUUAAUGAAGCCAAUUUAGGAGUACAAUAAUUGGACUAAUAGUCAAGUAUUUGUUACAAGACAAGUUGGACACCCAAGAACAGAAGGUGCAGGGGGCCACACUCAAACGAGCUUACAUUCUAGAGGGAGUUAGGAUGUAUUUCAUGUAUGGGGAAAAAGUAGGUUACUAGAAUAGUUUACAAUGAAUGGUUAGUUUUUUUGAUGACGCAAUUUUAGGAGAGGAAAGAAGGUGGAUUACCAAGGUGCGGGAAGGAACAUCCUUAACCGUUUAAAAAAAAUCAAUAAUUUAAAGGGAACACUGUAGACACCAAAACAACUACAACUUAAUAUAGUGGCUCUGGGGAAAACAGUCUGUUCAUGCAAAGAAAAGGCAGUGUUUACACUGCUGCCUAAUGCUACAUCUAGAGGUCUUUCUGGAUGCUCUGCAAAUAGACACUAAAUACUUUCCAUAGAGGUGCAUUGAGUCAGGGCUUCUCUAUGCGAAGAUGCGGAUUGGUGCAGUGCUGUGAUUUGCACGCAGCGCACUAGCCUUCAAAUGCUUAAUUGUCUCAGACAGGAUGGCGGCAAGAAAUCAGGCAUGCUGGAAGAACAAAAGUAGGUUAAUCUCAUAUUUUAGUUCAUGGAGUGGACAUGUCCUUAAUUUAACUUACUAGGACCCUAGAAAACUAGGAAUGCAUGUUUGUAUUCCUAAGGCUAUAUUAUUUCUUUAAAUAUUUUAAAAUAUAGCAUUGAAGUUUUAAAAAAUGUGCAUGUAAAGGCUACUCAUUGUUAUUACAUGUGGAACAAUCAUCAAUUAAAAAAUGCACAAAUUCUAAAUUGCAGAUGGACUGAGCCAUGUGUACGUAACAUUAAACAGUAACAUGUAUUUUGUUCCAAAGACAACUAAGGAAGUGUGUAAUAUCUGCAUUGACCAUAUCUCCUGUAUUGGUUAGGCUUUGGAUGGCCAAGGUUGCUAGUUCAGUUUUAAACUGCUUGAAAAUGGUGUAAUACUGACUGGAGGGACUAAUUAAAUUGCCGAAUAGUAGUAUAUUACUUUAUCACUUCACAAUUCUCUUAACUGAUGUAUUGAUCACUUUGAUCUUUUUUCCCUUAGCCACUAAAGAUGAUGCAAAAAGAGCACAUUACAGGCAAAAGGUAACAGACUACAUGGAGAGAGCUGAAAAAAUCAAACACCACGUGCUUAAAGAGAAGGAAGGUCAGAUACAAAAGAAUAUUGCAUUUUAUUUUAUAUUUAUGCUGAUCGUAUAUUUGUGGGGCUGUCCAGGUCAUACACACAUACUUUAGUUUUCUCUACAGUAAAUAAUCCUUUCAAUCUGUGUCUCUCCAGUUACAGACUUCCCAAUACAGCUCAUUGAGAAAUCUUUGCAAGGCAGGUGCUCAGGGAAAUUUCUGCCUUUUUUUUUUUUAUUAUUAUAAUCUUUAUUUAAAGGGUUUCCCCCCUUUUUUUAUCCAUAAACAAAGACAAUACAAUACUACAGUUACAUACAAAUGAUAAAGAAACAAUUUCCUAUUUAAAAUGUUCAUCCAUAAGAUGUUUCCUUAUACAUUUCGGUUAGCUAAAAACGAACAAUACUUUAGACUUACACAUCUACCUAAACAAGACAAGACAGUGCAGCAAGAGAGAAGGGAAGAAACUCAUCGAGAAAAAAAUAUAUAUUUGUCUCAUAAUAUAUAUUAUGUUAUAUUGUCCAAAGCAUUAACAGUCAGCCUCAUUAUUCACCUUCCCCCUCUAUUUAUCAAUCUUCUCCCAACAUUUCAACCACAUUGUUGUUUUCCUGCUUAAUUUUUGUUUGCUCAAUAACACUUCCAUUUUUACUUGAGACUUAAGCUGGGCUUUGACUUGAUCCCAAGGAACUUCUCUAUCAUUUUUCCAUCUUCUUGCAAUCACUAUUUUUGCUGCUAAAAAAAGAUGGAUAAGAAUAAUUUUCAAAUCCUUUGUCAUUACUGGCCAGUUUAGAUGAAGCAAAACAGUCUCCGGAGAGAGCCUCAACUCAAGGUUCAAGUCUACGGAUACAAACUUUUGUAUAUUAAACCACAAAUUGUUCAGUUUGCUACACUCCCACCAAAUAUGCUUAAAAGUACCUGUGUUUAUACCACAUCUCCAACAUAGAUGGUUUGCUGAAGAGUACAUUUUGUUCAAUUUGUCUGGUACUAAGUACCAUCUGUUUAGGACUUUAAAAUGAGUUUCUAAUAGAUUUAACGAGUGUAUAUACUUCGAAGCUUCUGUCAAUGAGAAACCCCAAUGCCUAAUAUUUAUAUCCAUAUUUAAUUCUUCUUUCCAGGCGGUUAUAGCUGUUGGAAUUUUUGCUUUAUUGCACAUUUUGCUUAAUACCAAAGCUUUUGAGAGUGGUUUAUUUAUCUUAUCUGUAUUAAAGAGUAUAUUUAGCCCAUUAUUCAAAUUAGUGUUUGAUACAAUUAGAUGUGUUAUCAAAAAGCUUUUAAGUCUUAAAUAGUUAAACAACUCUUUUGAUGGUAAGUUAUAUUCCUGUGUUAAUUGAGCAAAGGUUUUAAUUUUUUCUUUUACAAGUAGUUGAGACAGUCGCAAAAUUCCUGCUUGAUUCCAGUUUUUUAAAUUUAUAUCUGCAACUUGAUGUUCUACAAAAUCUAAACUUAAAUAAGUUGGAAUUUUGUUUUCUAUUUUUAGGUUUUUUUUAAUUUUAAGCCAACUCUUCAUUAAAUGUGUUAAUGUUAAACUAGGAUAAUCUUUUUUUUGAAAAAGUUUGGUAGUGUUCCAAAUUAAACAAUCCAAACUGGGGGUUCCUCCUGCAGUAAGUUCUGUUUUAUACCAACUUUCGUUUUUGUUUUCUUCUACUUGCAUCCUGUAUAUAUGUAAAAUUAUCGCUGCCCUAUAAUUAUUUGAUAUUAAAGGAUAAGCCAGUCCUCCUUUAUUCAGUUUUUGUGUUAGUGUUGACUGACUCAGUCUAGGUUUUUUGCCUUUCCAAAUAUACUGAGUGAAACUUUUCUGUAUUAAUUGCAACCACUGGUCAGAAAUACUUAAUGGCAACAUUUGGAACAAAUAGUUCCAUUUUGGAAUGACGUAUGAAUUCACUACAUUAAUCCUUCCCCAGAAAGAUAUAUUUCUAAAUUUCUUCGGUUUUUCAACCAUUUGUUAAGAUUUUGCAAUAAAUCCAAGAAAUUAAUUUCCAUUAUUCUAUUUACAUCUCUAGUCAGUUUAACUCCCAAAUAAUCCAUAUUAUUUUCGACCCAUAAAAAAUUAUAUCUAUCUUUAAUCUUAUUUUUCAUUUGUUCAUCCAAAUUAAUAUCCAGAAUCAUAGAUUUAUUUAUAUUUAAUUUAUAAUUAGAUAUUUUACUAUAGUUGUCAAUUUCUGACAUUAAAAAAUCUAAUGAAAUUUCCGGUUUUGUUAUGGUAAUUAAGAUGUCAUCAGCAUAUAGACUUAAUUUCUGUUCUACAUCUAAUGUUUUAUAGCCAUAGAUUUUUUUAUUGUUUCUAAUAUUUUCGGCUAAUGGUUCAAUAGAAAGCAAGUAUAAUAACGGUGAGAGUGGACAUCCCUGUCGUGUGCCAUUUUUCAGUUGGAACCAUGGGGCUAUGAUAUUUGGUCCUUUAGUACGUGCUGAUGGAUUUGCAUAAAGGGCCAUGAUGGCUUUCUUAAUCCAACCAUCAAACCCAUAGUGUGACAAUACCGCAUCCAAAUAAAUCCAGUUGACUCUGUCGAAUGCUUUUUCAGCAUCAAUCGACAGAGCCAAAACUGGAACUCUUUUUCUAUUAGCGUCAUCUAAGAUGUUGACAAUUUUCCUAAUACUUGUAUAAGAGUUUCUGCCGGGAACAUAACCUACUUGAUCUUGAUGUAUGAUCAGUGGUAAAAGUUUUUUAAGUCUAGCGGCCAACACUGAAGCAUAUAAUUUAGUGUCAACAUCUAUCAAAGAUAUUGGACGGUAAUUUUUAACAUCAGUAGGGUUUUUGUUUUGUUUUAAAAUUGGUAGAAUGUUAGCUUUUAACAUCUCUGUUGGAAGAGAUCCUCUUUUAGCCGCACUGUUAAAGGCACUAGUCAUAUAAGGGCAAAUUGAUUCUUUGAAUAUUUUAUAGAAUAAAUUACUAAAUCCAUCUGGACCUGGGGUUUUAUACUCCUCCAAAUUAUUUAUAGCUUUCAUUAUUUCAUCUAUAGUUAUAUCUUUAUUUAUUGCUUCACUUUGUAAUUCUGUUAAUUUAAAAUUGUUUAUUUUUUCCAAAUAUUUUUUUAUGUCUUCCUCUGUCGUAGUUUGAGGAAUGUUAUAUAAUUUACUAUAGAAAUCGUUAGGGGGCGUGGCCGAGCCGAGCAUGCGACAGGACGCCUAAUUCCUGAGCUCCGCUCCCCCUGGCCCCUAAAACACGCGAAAACCGGCACUUACCCCGACAAACAUGGUCCGGAACAAGAAGCCCCACACCCUGGGGGGUACCCCGCACCGCCCGACCGGGACGCUUGAUGAGUUCGUGUGCACUCCAAGCACACUAAGCUGCAGCCGACCGCCUGACAACAUGGCGCCCGGCUCCCCAGGCAGUGAAAGCGCGGGAGAGCCCACCCUGGACGGCACGCAGGAUGACACACUCGCUCUGAUUAAACAGGAGCUGGCAAUGAUCUCCGCACAGAUGCUCACCAAGGCAGAUACAGGGGGGCUACUGAGAGAACUUCGGGCAGCCGUCAAAGAGGAAGUUGCAGCCCUGAGGAAGGAUCUUUCAUCAGUGGAAGUAAGAGUGGAGGCACUGGAAACGGAGGCCCAAGCGAGCCGCGCGCAGCACCAAGCGGCUGAACUCGCUACCACGCGCCAGGGGAACAUGCUCCUCUCCCUUCGGCGCCAAGUUGAAGAUUUAGAGAACCGCAGCAGACGCCAAAAUAUCCGGAUUCGGGGGCUACCCGAACCGGACACAGCGCCACUACAAGACACGCUGCAGGCCCUUUUCCGGCAGAUUCUUGGAGAGGAAUGCCCGGCGGUGAUCAAGCUGGACCGGGCACAUAGGUCCCUGGGGCCGCAGAGGCCUGAUGGCAGGCCACGAGACGUCCUGUGCUGCCUCCAUGACUACAGCCUUAAGGAACGCCUCAUGACGGCUGCCCGAGGAAUGGCGGAUAUACCCUUCCGGGGAGCAAGCGUGGCCCUAUACCAAGACCUGUCCGGCCUCACCCUGGACGCCAGACGGGCUCUCAGGCCCUUAACGACGACCCUGCGGGAGAAGGGAAUAGCCUACCGGUGGGGAUUCCCCUUCAGCCUCCAGAUUAGGCAGGGGAAUGCCUGGAUCCAAGUGCGCUGGCCAGAAGAUGUGCCCCGAGCCUUAAGAGCCUUGCGCCUACCACCUAUCCGCAUCAGGAAUUGGCUUCUGGAGACCCCGCUCGCACAGCUGCACGAAGUGGCGGAGGACGGGCGCCCACCGUCGCCCCCGAGGAGAAGGGAGCGGGCCCAGAGGAUGCUGGGAGGCCCGAGAGGCGUGGAGGAGUGAGGAGAGGAGCACUCGCGGCCUGGCUUCAGCCGGGCCGCAAGGUACUGGGGGGGAGCCGGGAUACGGGUCUGCGCCUGCCCAUAGAGGGAGUAGGUUAGCCAGGUGGGGUGGGAGGCGUAGGCACCUCACAAGUCGCGGCUCACCCCGACCUGAAAGGGAGUUCAUGGACAUGGGAUGUCGCUUCUUCCCCUGCCGGGGCCCGGAAUGCCGCUUCUGGAGUUGGGACUGGCCCGCCAUAUUGCCCCUGGACUUGCUACACUGGUAAAGUUUAGGCUCAAGGAGUCGUAGGGGGCUCACUGGGCUUUGGGAGGGCAUUGGGGGAGGGAAUCGGGGACUGCACCCUGGAAGUGGGGGAGGACAUGGGCAAGGUCCUGGGGGACUGAUGGCUACGAGGUGGGGGGAGGGGAGAGCACGGAGCGGACCUGCAUUUCUCUCGGGACACUUAGCAACCUGCCCCCCCAUGCUGGGUUGGAGGGGAGGCGGGAAGCCCCGCAGCUCCCCACUGCACCCAUGCGAGACGUGAGGGAGACGAGUAAAUGUCCUCCACGGGGAGGAGAGGAGGAAUGGCCCCUGCACUACCGAGCCCACUCAACACCGGCCCAUAGAGCACACACCCCGAGCCAGGGGCGAGACGGGGAAGGAAAGCAAAGAGACAGGGGGAGAAGGGCCUUUAGCCCGCACCGGAGCGGUGGCCUGGGGUCACAGGGAUGGGGGGGGGGUGGGCGGGAUGCCCAACGAGUAAAACCUGCCAGAGGCGAGAGGGGCAUAGGGUCUGCUUGAGUAGCUGGGCGGCCAGGGUACGCUGGAAACGGCAGCCGCGAUACGCGGAGAUCACUUGCACUGCCACCCUGGGGGGGGGGGUCCACCUGGGGGAUGGGACAGGGGCAUGACCAGGCACCGAGGUAUAGCCUCCGGAAAGAGGAGGACUACUGCGGGACAGCACGGGCUAAGGGGGAGCUGACAGUGACGACUCUUAGACCCACCUUCACAGUCCUGCGCCUGCGGACGCUCACGUACCCACAGACACACUGUAUAACACACUAGGGGGGAGCGACAAGGGGGGACAUAUUUACGUGGGACAGUCCACCCCUUACUGACUCACCGACCUAGACAGCUGAGUCUGACACUGUACAUAGUUCUCACCUUGUUUAACUCUGUUAUUCUAUAACAGGUCUACUGACGACCCUCUAUCUACGACCACUUCUUUUUUUUUUUUUUUUUUUCUCUCUCUCCCUCCUUCUUUUUCUCUUUUCUCCUGCCCCUGACACCUCGCCGCCCGCCCCUGCGCGGCGGCACCAGCUCUCAUGACCUCCCGGGGCCGAGAGGGGUUCGCCCCGGCGCCUCUGCGCAUCUGGUCCAACAACGUCCGGGGCCUGAACCUGCCAGAACGGAGAUCACAUUUACUACGGGCACUUUGGUCCAAUAGAAUCUCUGUGGCCUUCAUCCAGGAGACACACUUCCGCGGACAGACGGGACCGGCCCUCCGAGACCGACGGUUCCCCACUGGAUAUUUUGCUAACCAUAGGGAAGCCAAGAAGGCAGGAGUGGCCAUUCUCUUCGCCGCGCAUGUCCCCUUUGUGUGUGCGGAGGUCAAGGCCGACCCACUGGGACGCUACAUCUUCCUCAAGGGCUCCAUUGCAGACAGGCGCUACACCUUUGCCUCCAUAUAUGCGCCCAACACCCGACAACACAGUUUUCUCACCAGAACCCUAAAAUCGCUGGAACACUUCAGGGAGGGGCUCCUAAUUCUAACCGGGGACCUCAACAUACCAUUGGAUCCGCGGACGGACACCUCCCGGGGACGCUGCUCGCUGCCGGACGCAAGCAUCGAAGCGGCACAAUUGGCACUCAGAACGGCGGGCCUUGCGGAUUGCUGGAGAGUCAUGCACCCAGAGGCCAAGGAUUUCACAUACUUCUCCCCGGUGCACCGCGGCUACAGCCGCUUAGACUAUGUCUUUAUUGCACAAGAAUACCUGAAUCUAUUACAAAAAUGUGAAAUCCUACUGGACGCAUGGUCGGACCACUCACCGGUACUGGCCCAGCUGACCUCGCCACUGCAUAAACCCACAAGACGCCAAUGGAAACUGAAUGAACAACUACUUAGCGACCCGGUCACCAUAGCGGACGCUACGACAGCGCUCCGUCAUUACUUCAAUGAGAAUGAUCCGUCUGACACCUCCCCAAUGAUUCGGUGGGAGGCCCAUAAGUGCGUCAUUCGGGGACAUUUCAUCAAGGUAUGUACAACGCGGAAGAAAGAACACAGUAGGCAGCUACAAGAGCUAUAUACGAAAGUCGCCAGCUUAGAACAAGACCACAAAGCCGCACCGACAGAAGAGGCGUACCAUGCGCUCCGAGAGGCCCGCCGAGACCUACAACAUCUGCUCACGAAAAACCUCGCCUAUACGAUGAAAAAAGCCCAUCGCUAUUACUAUGAACACUCCAACAAAUGCGGUCGUAGCCAGAAUGCUGAGACAACAACGCCGCGUGAACCAGAUCACUAAGCUGCGGACAAAGAGCGGCGCCCUCACGCAGGUACCGGACAAAAUAGUCGAGGAAUUCCGGAACUUCUACACCGGCCUAUACGAUAUCCAGAAAGAUGAGACAAGCGCGGGCCGGGAAUGGACGGCGAGACUGACGAGGGAGUACCUGGAAAACCACGUACACCGGACUCUCACGCAAGAACAAAGGGAAGACCUUGAUGCCCCCAUUACGAUCGAGGAACUGACGGCAGCCCUGAAGAACACACAACUUAACAAAGCCCCGGGACCGGACGGCCUCCCCGCCAGAUACCUCAAGGCCUUCAGGGAUGUCCUCCUACCAGAAUUGCUGGCGGGCAUGAACUCUCUCCUUGAGGGGGCACGCCUACCGGGGGACACCCUACUGGCAACGAUCGCGGUUAUCCCGAAAGAGGGUAGAGACCCAGCGGCCUGUGCGAGCUACAGACCCAUUUCUCUACUAAACGCAGACCUCAAGCUGUUUACGAAGGUCCUGGCGGCGCGCGUGGGCCGCAUAGUCCCAUCCUUGAUCCACCCGGACCAGACCGGAUUCAUACCCGGUCGAGAAGCCAAAGAUAAUACAAUCAGAGCGCUAAACAUCAUGCACAUGCAACGGAGCUCGCCGGUCGGGGGCCUGCUCCUCUCCACUGACGCGGAGAAGGCCUUCGACCGGGUGGACUGGCGAUACCUCCUUGAAACGCUCAAGGCAAUGGGGUUCGGACCGAAUAUACUGCAGUGGAUCUCCGCGCUAUAUGCGGAACCGACUGCUCAACUACGCAUUAAUGGGGUCCUGUCCACACCGAUUCGGAUACGUAACGGGACGCGCCAGGGAUGUCCGCUUUCCCCCCUCCUGUUUGCCCUCUCUCUGGAGCCAUUUCUUGAGGCGGUCAGACGGGACGGGGGCAUUGCGGGGGUCACCCUGGGGGACGGCACGCACAAGGUGGCGGCCUACGCGGACGACCUCCUUUUCUUCGUGAGCAACCCCUUGAUCACCUUGCCCAACCUGUUGGCGGCCUUUGAGCGGUUCGGACGGAUCUCUAACUUCAAAUUGAACGCGGACAAGUCAGAGGCCCUCCCCAUCUCUAUACCCCCCGAGUUGGUCGAACGGCUGACAGGAGAGUUCCCCUUUAAAUGGUGCCACCAGCGCAUAAAAUAUCUCGGGAUCUGGUUAACUAGAGACCUGACGAAACUCUAUCAAGAAAACUUUCUCCCUAUUCUCCAAACGCUCCGUGCGGACUUGCUCAGAUGGGGACGCCUAUGCGUGUCGUGGUUUGGGAGGAUCAACACAAUAAAGAUGAAUCUGUUGCCACGCUUGCUGUAUCUUUUCCAGGCCAUUCCGAUCACGAUCCCGCGAACAUACUUCAACACCUUGGGCUCGGCUAUACUGCGAUUCGUCUGGGCGAAGGGACCGCCGAGGGUAAGAAAGACACAACUGAUACUCCCGAGACAUCGGGGUGGAACAGCCCUACCGUCCCUACUCGGUUACUACCAGGCGACACACCUCUUACGAAUUAUAGAAUGGCAUGUCCUGGACUCGGACAAACAAUGGGUCCAUAUGGAGCGGCUUCAGGCCAGGGGGCGUAUUCCAUCGAUGGUAUGGAUACAAAACCCGACCUGCGGAACCACCCAUUCAUAGGCGCGACACUGAGAACAUGGACAACCAUCCGAUUCAAGCUGCAGCUCACCACGAACCCGGCCCCCCUGACACCUGUGAUACACAACCCAGACCUGGCGGGAGGCCUGACACAGGGGGAUAUGGAGGGACUGGGGGAGGGGACGAAACAAUACCUUCGGGCAUGGUGUGCUAAUAAAGCCCUAAGGCCGCUGGAAGACAUGCUGGGCCAGAGUAGGGAGACAGGGAUCUUACGAUUUAGGUACCACCAGAUACGCCGGUACUAUGCCACACUUCAGGGGAAACACCUGAUCCACCGAGACCUCACACACUUUGAAACGCUAUGUGAAGGGGGAUCGCACCCGACACGCGGGAUAUCGACCCUAUAUGCCAUGCUCCUGGGUGCCGAUGCGGGUCCCCCGGCACACUUCCACUCAAAGUGGGAACAAGCCACAGGUGUCACCUUAACGGAACCACAAUGGGAGCAAAUACACGUCCUGUCCCACCAGGGGAUACUUAGUUCUAAAAUGCAGGAACUUAAUUAUAAACUAUUGACGCACUGGUACCGGACCCCCGCACGACUCCAUGCCAUGGGGGUCACCCCCGACAACAAGUGUUGGAGAUGUGACAUCGCCGAAGGGACGGCAUUACACCUGUGGUGGUCUUGCCCUCGGAUAGCCCCCUUCUGGCAACAGAUCCAUGACAAAGUGGUGGACAUCCUGGGGGAGGACAUCCCCAUGGAGCCCCUCCCUAUGCUUUUAAACCACACUCAGAUACCUCUGGGGCGUUACAAGAAAACCCUUAUCAGACACUUUCUCAACGCAGCCAAAAGCCUCAUCCCCGCCAGAUGGAAAUCGCCAGUUGUCCCAAACAUUACUCAGUGGAUAGAAAAAGUCGAUGAACUUUAUAACAUGGAAAUUCUUACGGCAGAACUCAGGGGCACGCAAGACCGCUGCACUCGCCUGUGGACACCGUGGAUCUCCUACAGCUCGGACCGGAGGUGGGGGCGGCCGAGGGCGGACCGUCUGAGGCCAGAUGAGGAGGCGGAGUAGCGUGGGAGGAGGCUGGAUUGCGGCCGCGCGGGACCCCCUCCCUUCCCCCCCCUCCUUCUUCCUUUUUUUUUUUUUCUCCCUCCUCUCUUCUUCCUCUUUUUCUCUCACUCUCUCUAACUCUUUCUCUCUCUUUCUCCACAUGCCUCAAUGACGAAGCAAAGGUGACCGACAGGGGAGGAAAGGGGACCUUGACUGGAGUUAACACAUGACAGCCACAGAUAGCAGGCAGGCCGGAGACAGCCCGGCCACGGUUAAAUUAACAACUCAUCGGAAGGGGGGGGUGCCGGACCUCGGGCAUUACACCCGAACGACACAGAAUUCCACCGAGGGGGGGCUCGCGGGGACCGCAUCUGGACCCAAGGGGACCACCACCCCCUGCGCGAGCCAGAGGAGCUUUACUCCCACCAAGCCAAACAAGGUCCUGCACCUCGCCAACUACAAUGUAUGCCCACGCACAUGGUGGAACACUUGCUAAACGCCGGACGAAAGGCAAACCACAGCGGUCCCGGCGGACCCCACUCUAUAAGGCAAAUAGGCUCGGGGUUGGUCGGGGAAUGGUGUUCCCCUCUAAAAGGCAGGUCCAACAUAAGUCUACUAAGAUCACUAGGCCUAAGAAACGGAGAAAUGAGGCCGGAUCAAGACUGGUGGGGAUGGGGGGGGUUGGUGGGGGGAAGGGAGCUAAUACGGCGGGGAGGGAGAGAGGGGGAAACCUAGGAAUAAAACCCUACAAAUAUUGUUGGCCAUAAGGUUUAGGGGCCUUACAAAACCUGUUAUACCGUGUCUUUUGAUAUGAUUUGACCUGUCUUGUAACCUUACUACAUACAAAUAAAGAAUGUCAAAAAAUUUCCGACCGGCAGUAACCCUAGGUGCUCUUUUUAAAGCAGCAUUAUUUUGUAAUCGUGACCGCUAUCUGCAGCUUUAAGGAGUGGGGUUAACUCCAAAUAAGUAGGCAGCUAUUUGUUACUUGCCUCCCACUCACCAGGCAAUCACUGUGACAGUGACUACUAGGAAAUCCGCACAGGGUUAAACAAUAGAGUGGGCACAGCCAGUUUAAAGGUUUGCCACUGGCACUAAGGAAGGAGAAUUUUAAAACCUUCCUGGAACAGUCCGCAUAUUUCCUAAACAUGCAUAGAGAUUAAUAGGAGAGAUCACAAACAAGUUCCUCUCUCCAUGUGUGAACACUUUUAAAAGGUUUAGCAUAAAAGUGAAGAUAAAGGGACACUCCUGGCACAUAACUUCAUCACAACAAAGUUGUUAUGGUGCAAGGAGGUCAUGACAUUUUUUUACUCCUAAACAAAUUAGGCAGCAAUAUGCAAUGUCAAUCUGCCGUUGCUAAGGCCAGUAAGGUUUUGUCAUGUAUAAAUAGGGGCAUAAAUUCUCGAGAUGAAAAUAUAAUUUUGCCUCUUUAUAAAUCGCUGGUAAGACCACACCUUGAAUAUGCUGUGCAAUUUUGGGCACCUAUUCUAAAGAAAGAUAUCAUGGCACUAGAAAAAGUGCAGAGACGAGCUACAAAAUUGAUUAAAGGAAUGGAGCAUUUUAGUUACGAAGAAAGGUUAAAACAUGUAAAUCUCUUUAGUUUGGAAAAACGGCGCCUGAGAGGGGAUAUGAUAACUUUAUACAAAUAUAUUCGGGGCCAGUACAAACCAUUGUCUGGAAAUCUAUUCAUAAACAGGGCUAUACAUAGGACACAAGGUCACACAUUUAGGCUGGAAGAAAGGAGAUUUCAUCUAAGGCAAAGAAAAGGUUUUUUUACAGUAAGAGCAAUAAGGAUAUGGAAUUCUCUGCCUGAAGAGGUGGUUUUGUCAGAGUCCAUACAGAUGUUUAAACUGCAAUUGGAUAAAUACUUGCAAAAACAUAACACACAGGGAUAUAAUUUCUAAUUAGUUGGGUAAUAGCUGCUUGGUCCAAGGAGAUAUCUGACUGCUAUUUGGGGUCAAGAAGGAAUUUUUUCCUAGUUUGUUUCAAAAUUGGAAAUGCUUCAUACUAGGUAUUUUGCCUUCUUUUGGAUCAACUGCAAAAACAUAUGUGAAGAAGGCUGAACUUGAUGGACACAAGUCUCUUUUCAGCUAUGUAACUUUGUAACUAUGUAACUUGAAGACUUACCUCAUUGGGUAAAGUGAGUGAAAAGGGUAAAUAUUUUUUCACUCUCUUCUCAAGGGUGGGCUACUAUCUCUAUAUUUUACUCUAAGCCUAGCAGCUCCCGGUCAGAAGCUUCCAGUUUAAAUUCUAGGGUAUUGAGCAGAAGAUUAAACCCCUUCAGGUAAGAGGUGGCCUGAUUCCUCCUGACACCAUUACAAAAGAACCUGUAUUGGUUAUUUUAUAGCAUAUUAAAAACAUUUGUGAGGAAGGCUGAACUUGAUGGACUCGUGUCACUUUUCAGCUAUGUAACUAUGUAAUUAGUUGUAUAUCCUGUAAUGUGUUUAUCUGCAUAAAUAUCUUGACAACAUCAGAACAAGUCUUGUUAUUUUACUUCCAGCUGUGACUGUUACCAGCAGAGCCUGUUUUAUAUUUUUGGUGUGUCUGCAGCUCAGACUGACUCUGCUUCAGGGAAGCUUGCAAUCUAACUAGCAGGGAGGGGUUGAAGAUGCCUGCUAUAAAUUUACUAGUAAUAUUUUGGCCUAAAGAAGGAUUUGAUAAACACACAUAAAGCCUUGCUGGGAACGCACUUCCUUGUUUUUGAUUUGAGUUAAAAUCUGUCUGCAGUGAGUAAGCUGUGACACUCUUUAUUUAGCCUGUUAAUGUCCCAAUUAAUGGCACAGAAUGGCAUAGAUAUAUUGUACAAUAAGUAAGCUGCCAACAUCUGUUCACUUGCCCAAGCUGAAUUCCAUCUACUAUGGCUCCUGCACAAAUGUGCUUUCUGCCGUUGAAUAUUCUUCUGUGAAUUAUUGUAUCCAAAAGAAAGUCAAAUAAGUGGUAGUCUGUCAGAUAUCUGUUUUAAAAAAUAGGGUGUGUGCAUCUGUACAGAAUGGGUACGAGAAAAAUGUAAAUGUUAAUAAAUCGACACAUUAUGCUAAUAGUGAUCUAAUUUUUAUAAUGUUUUUUGGUUUUAACCCCAAUCUAUCAAUGGCUUACGGCAAACGUAGUUUAGCCACAAUAACACGUUCCAUAGAAUGUGUGCACCUGCUCAAUAAACUGCUAAUAUUUUUGGAGUCGUUACAGUGCUCUGCCGACACAGAUAACUAGCCAUUCUUUUUAAACUAGCAGUUAACGGCUGAUCCUUUGUGACAUUCCUCCUGCUACUGCAUGAAUAGGGCCUAUACGUAAACAUUUUAUAGUAGUACACCCAAUGAAAUCUAAAGUUAAUAUGCGUAUUGAGCUGUACAUGAACGCAUGCUCGUUAAUUCUGCGAUAGAAAGCUAUGAGAUCACAGCCAGCCCUGGAUUAUGUGAGGAUCCGAGACAGUCUCAAAUCCCUGGGAAAUUCUGAAAAUGAGAGACAUUGAAAAGUAACUCCAUUUAUUAUACAUGUAACACAUAAAGAAUUGUUGAAACCAUGCCCAGGGCAGGGUGUACUUAAUGGCUGAUUUCUGUCUGCUAAUGGAGUGGAGGCCUUGGUGUUAUCAUACUGUCUCUCAACUCACUGUGUCGUACUCUCAUGUGACUGCUCAGCUGCUAUCCGCUCCUUAUUGAGCAGAGGCUCCUUUUUGGGAAGUGUUUGAGCUCAGACGUACUUUCAUUUUUUAUAGAGUGGUUUUGAAAACUUAUAUAAAGGGUACAUUGGCGCUGUGGCAGGCUUAUGCAAUGGGUGAUUAUGUUUUGUCAUUAAAGCCACAUCAGGUGCUCUCAUGAACAUUAUGCUUCAUUCUUUUUCUAAGAGCUGUGAUUCUCUUUUCCUACAUGUGACUAAAGGUAGAGGGAAAUGAUGGCUGCUGCUACCUGGGCUGGAUGACUGUGCAUUAAAGGAACACUUUAACCACCUUAACCACUACAGCGUGCUGUAGUGGUUAUGGUACCAGUAGAGCCCUGGCACACCCCAGUGUUAGCAGUCAAACUGUUUUGCUAAUGAUAUGACUAUAAAACUGCCAUCCGGGUUGGAUGUCUUUGUGUGUAACUGUCCAGAUGAUUCCAUGCUGUGACUUAUCUAAUCUACGCAUUCUCUAUAGCUACAGAGUUACUUUGCUGCCUGUGAAGAUGAGACCCCAGCAAUCCGAAACCAUGACAGGGUGCUGCAGAGACUGUGCGAGCAUCUCGACCAUGCAUUGUUGUACGGGUGAGUUAAGCAGUGUCCUUGUAUGUGGGAGACAUUUGUAAAUGGCGUUAGAUGCUAGAGACCUGCGCAUAGACUGUUACAGCUUACUGUUGAUCUCAUGGCUCUGCAAUUACAUCUAGUGUGGGGGAUUUUGUAAUAUUUCGACACCGGGGCUGCAAUAUGGUCUGUGUAUUGAUUGAUCCAAAUAAGAUCAUGUGAUAUAAACAGCCCUUUCCCAAUCUUAUAACCCCUCCCUUGUUUAGUCUGUAGCAGUGAUUAUUAGGUUCACAUCCCCUGCUGUGUGUUGGUGGAUGUACAGAAAGCUAAAACCGAUAUUAUCCCAUUAGUUCUGUGCAUUUUGCAGUAUGUCUGUACACUGAGCAAACAGUGUCUCGUAUUAGGAUUUUACUUUCUUUGUUCAGACCUCUGUCGCUGCCUGUAGUAGUGCUUACUACUUGCACGGGAUUUGCAGUUAUUGUCCCUGUGCUCACAGUUUUUCCUUCUUGUAUUGAUUUGAGAGUUUUUGUGUCUGUACUGACACUGGUUUUUAUUUGUGUAGGAUACGUAGUUUUUUUUUUGUCUGUGCCUGCACUGACGUGGUCACCAUCCUUGGUUUGAAUUAUAAUUCUAUCUGACCAUAUCCUAAUUACAGAUUGCAGGACAUCUCCUCCGGGUACUGGGUACUCGUCGUUCAUUUCACUCGUAGGGAAGCUGUCAAACAAAUCGAGCAACAGCAACAUGUAGCUACUCACCUUGGCCGCAGUGAGUACCAUGUCAGUGAGUGAGUGUCAACUGCCUGUGUAUUCAGUACUGUCAGUGAGUGCGGACUGCCUAUAUGACGAGUACCGUGUCAGUGAGUGCGGACUGCCUAUAUGACGAGUACCGUGUCAGUGAGUGCGGACUGCCUAUAUGACGAGUACCGUGUCAGUGAGUGCAGAUUGCCUAUAUGACGAGUACCGUGUCAGUGAGUGCAGAUUGCCUAUAUGACGAGUACCGUGUCAGUGAGUGCUGAUUGCCUAUAUGACGAGUACCGUGUCAGUGAGUGCUGAUUGCCUAUAUGACGAGUACCGUGUCAGUGAGUGCAGAUUGCCUAUAUGACGAGUACCGUGUCAGUGAGUGCAGAUUGCCUAUAUGACGAGUACCGUGUCAGUUAGUGCAGAUUGCCUAUAUGACGAGUACCGUGUCAGUUAGUGCAGAUUGCCUAUAUGACGAGUACCGUGUCAGUGAGUGCAGAUUGCCUAUAUGACGAGUACCGUGUCAGUGAGUGCAGAUUGCCUAUAUGACGAGUACCGUGUCAGUGAGUGCAGAUUGCCUAUAUGACGAGUACCGUGUCAGUGAGUGCUGAUUGCCUGUGUAAGCGAGUGCUGACUGCCUGUGUAACGAGUACUGUGUCAGUGAGUGAGUGCGGACUGCCUAUAUAACGAGUACUGUCAGUGAGUGCUGAUUGCCCAAUAGUGCAAUAUAUCAGGUAAAUGGAAUAUAUAAUCAAUAAAAGGAGAACUAUUGAAAAGACUAACUCACACUUUGUAGAGCUGCUAAGAGCUUUGCCGUAUAGCGCCUGGAUGGUACAAUCCCUGUAUAAGGAUAAUAGUAGGAUGUAAUAUCCAAUUCGCCACAGCUGUGUAUAUGUAUAAAAACAAAAACACAAAUAAAAUCCAAUGGUACAGUAUGUACUAAAUGCUUGUAAUAAAAGAAAGGUAAGUAUCGUACUUACAGAUUCCAGAGCAAUGACUUGCUCUGGUGUUGAUAGCUUGUGGAUGUAUGAUCCCCACCAAGGGAUAUAGCAGGAUGCAAAGUGCACCAGGAACAGGUAGGAAACCAGAGGGAGUAGGAAAAAGUUUAACUUUAUUUAAAGGACCACUAUAGUGCCAGGAAAACAUACUCGUUUUCCUGGCACUAUAGUGCCUGGGGGUGCCCCCACCCUCAGGGACCCCCUCCCGCCGGGCUCUGGGGAGAGGAAAGGGGUUAAAACUUACCUUUCUCCAGCGCCGGACGGGGAGCUCUCCGCCUCCGAUCCUCCUCCCCUCCUUCCUUUCGGCUGAAUGCGCACGCGCGGCAAGAGCUGCGUGCGUAUUCAGCCGGUCUCAUAGGAAAGCAUUUACAAUGCUUUCCUAUGGACGCUUGCGUGUUCUCACUGUGAUUUUCACAGUGAGAAUCACGCAAGCGCCUCUAGCAGCUGUCAAUGAGACAGCCACUAGAGGAUUUGAGAGCUGGAUUAACCCAUUUAUAAACAUAGCAGUUUCUCUGAAACUGCUAUAUUUAUUAAAAAAAAAAUGGGUUAACCCUAGCUGGACCUGGCACCCAGACCACUUCAUUAAGCUGAAGUGGUCUGUGUGCCUAGAGUGGUCCUUUAAUAAAAAAAAAAAAAAUAGAAUAAAAUCUAUGUAUAAAAGUCAGCUUCCAGCCUCUCUCAUCAACUUAAUGCAUUUCGCCCGGGUUUGGGCUUCUUCAGAAGUAUUUAACGAGUACUGUGUCAGUGAGUGCUGACUGCCUGUGUAACGAGUACUGUGUCAGUGAGUGCUGACUGCCUGUGUAACGAGUACUGUGUCAGUGAGUGCUGACUGCCUGUGUAACGAGUACUGUGUCAGUGAGUGCUGACUGCCUGUGUAACGAGUACUGUGUCAGUGAGUGCUGACUGCCUGUGUAACAAGUAUGAAUGUAACACUAGAAAGCUGUAUUGCUUCUCUAUGGAUAACUCUUUCCCCAUCUUAUGUAUUCCUUUCCAUUCUCCUCUGUCUCUGUACUGGACAGGCCGGGCCUGGUUAUACUUGGCGUUGAACGAGAAUUCUUUAGAGAGUUACCUGCGGUUAUUCCAUGAGAAUCAAAGUCUCCUGGAGAAAUAUUACUACAAGUAAGUUGUGAUGAAGUGAUAUUUCUGUCCUGAACCUGAUCAUUCUCUUCCUGCUUUGAUAGAACAUUCUCUCUUUCUCCCAGGAAUGCCCUGGUCUGCAGCCAUGACCAUCUCACCCUCUUCCUCACACUGGUCUCAGGACUGGAAUUUAUAAGAUUUGACCUGGAGCUGGUGCGUUUGCUGAAUAGGAUUGGGAAGGGUUAACUAUUGCUAACAUGUAGAAUUUUAACCCCAUCCAUAUUGGGAUAAUGUACAUGGGGUGUGGGGUACAGUGCAGAUGUCUGAUGUCUGAUGGCGUAUAUGGGGCGAUUCAAGCAGCACAUUUAGACGUCUUGCCCUUUGAAUCUUUUUUUCAGGACGUGCCAUACCUGGAUCUCGCCCCUUACAUGCCCGAUUACUACAAACCGCAUUAUCUCCUGGAUUUUGAGGAUCGGCUGCCCAGCUCCAUGCUUGGUUCAGACAGCCUGUCACUCAACUCAUUCAACUCUAUUAAUUCUGCCAACUUGGAGUGGGAUGACAGCGCCAUUGCUCCGUCCAGUGAGGGUAUGGAAGAACGCUGUAUGUACCUGUAUUUCCUUUUUGGUAAUUGUACUAGGGUCACAAGCAAGCAUUAAAUACUGAUAUUGUACCCCAUGCUCCUCUGCCAGUAUUGACUGGGAAGCGAUUCCUAACAAUAAACUGGAUCGAUGUGGGUAAGGGGGGUCUGUGAAAUAUCUGAUCUGCCAUCGUCAUAUAUCCUGGUACAGACAUUUUUAGAGAUAUGUAAUGUAUCUGGUAACUUGCUGUCAUUCUCCCUUCGUCCUUAAUUUUGUUUCUGAACCAAUUUUUUUUUAUGUUUCUCCUGUGACAUUGCUUUGGCCUAGAAGUUGCAGCCACCCAGUGGCGUGAUGUAUUAGGUCCCCUAGACGGGUGCUCAGCCACCCCUAGCUUCAUUCUAACGAGCUGUUUUGUCCCUGGUCUCUAUAGAUUAUGAUUUUGGAGAUGCUUAUUCUGCAGUGCCGUCCAUACCCAUCACAGAUUGGGAAGGUGGGGACAAGACAACCAUUCUCCUCUGACCACUUCCUGCACUCUUUCUGCUCUCUCUCUUUCUGCACUCCUUGCUUAUUUGCCUCAUGUUGCAUGAUUCGAUUAUGUGGAAUCACAGAAGUUUUCUGUUUUUAGAAUGAUAAAGGGCAUUACACAUUCUGCUGUUAACAAUUGCUUGAGUCUGAACAGAGAAUGUCCACAUACAAACCAAACAUUUAAAUAUAGAUUUAUCAUUAUCAUGUUUUUAUAGGUUGUUUGAGUUCUCGGUUUAUUUUAUGUAAAUAAUUGUGAUGGAAAUUCAUUAUUUAAUAUAAAUUCGCUCCUCACUUUCAUACUGUUUGGUGUUAUAUUUUUUCAGUUGAAUCCAAAAGUCGUUUUUAUAAACCUACAAAACUUGUAGACAUUCUCAACAUUAUCAGGCUAACCUUCAUUAUCACAGCCAGCUGCUCCGGAUAGUAAAACUAGCAGGAGGUCCAUUGGGGAAGGAAUGUCUGCAUCUCAGACAUACAGUUGUGAAAGAAAUCUGGAGUCUGUACAAAGCAGAACAUGUAACUGUAAUACUCUAUCCGCAAUCUAGUUCAAAAUCCACAUUCUCUGCAGGAUAGAAUUACCUUCUUGGCUAACACUUUGCCACAGUUUGGUUUCUGUUCUUAAUUCUCUUUGUGCACCUAGUUUCAUAUGUGUAUUGAUACGGUUGUCCGUAGUGCAAAUAUUGAUCUGUAAAGCAUGCACAUUAACUAAAUUAACUUUCUUAUCCUAUAACUGGCUUCCUUUCACCAGUCAGGGACUCUUUGAGUGGUGUUCGUACUAACAAAACUCAUCUGGUAGCAUGGGUGCCUGUGGCAUUAACUCAGGGUGAUUGGUACUUGUGGUGGGACUGGAUUAGGGCUUUAGACAUUGCCACUAAAUGUAUUAAAUAUUGUAAUUUAUUGUGCCACUUUGGUAUUUACAUUUGCUGCAUCAUGCAUCUAGCACCCAACUGCUGCCUCAGGGAUGAUGUGUUCUGCAGAUCACAUCCUGUCGGUAGAUUCCUGCUUUAGACCUGUUGUUGGGAACAUUUGCAUGCUGGCUCACGUGAGCUUUAGCUUGCAUAGCACACUGAUUCCCUGGACAGAUCACACAUACCAGUAGUUGCAGGCUAAUUACUGGCUUUGCCCACUGCUUGUAUGCUUCCCUCUGCCCUCAGUAGACUCUUGCCUGACUUCUCUCCCUUUCUGUGCUCUCCUGUGACAGACGGGGACCUUCACGAUGGGGUCAGCUUCUCCUGUCGAGAAGUUGGUGUGCACAAUGAUCUGAGAGCACAUGGAAAGCGGUUAAAACAUCGGUACAAUCCGUUUACACAAGAUCUAUCAUCUUCUGAUGUCAUCCCAGGGCCUGGAACUACAGAAGACACGCCGGAUACCAGUGAGCCCAUUACACAGGGUUCUGAGAUUGAAACAACAUUAUCCUACAGCCAGCCACUGAGGACUGCAGAGCCUACAUCAGACAGCACCGAUCUCAGCAUGCAGGAAGGGGGAGAUGGACAGUCUACUUCAGAGUCGACACCGGUACAUGGCGCUGAUGGGAGGAAAGAGGUCUCUUUGACUUACACCAUGUACACAGACAACAGCUCAGAUCUGGAGGUGAUCAGGUCAGUAAAAAGAGGGGCAGAGCUAUUCAGCUUAAUAUUCAGUUGCCAGGCACAUCUAGGAAAGGAUUCUUAUUGUAUUAUUCCUGCCAACAACUCUCUUCAUUUUCCUAAAUUCAGUGCUUCCACACACAUUAAGUAUUGUAGUGGCUAGCUUACACAUACAGGACAUGUUUACCUUACAGAAUCCAUUAUGGAUGUGGUCAGUCCUCCAAAUACAGCCUGCUUGACAAGAAGAUCCCUGCGCAGUCACUAACACAUGAUGGCAGGCACUUAUUACGUGGGUAAAAGAAAUCCCUGGGAAAAUGGGGAUUGGGCAUAACCUGCAGGGAAUAUUAUGAAUACUGAAGAUGUGGUUCCUGGAUGCUAUGCUUUAUUCAAAAAUAUAUCACUUUAAGGUGUAUUCACUAAACCCUGAAUUGUAAUGAAGUAAAAGCCAGCUUGGAAAAUUCAGGCAGGAGUUGGUUAAACAACUAAAACUGGGGUGCAAUGCUAUAAAACAAACAAAAAAUAUCGACAGGAGGAGGCAGUGUCUGUCCUAUGAUUAGUAUAGGUAUAUAUCAGUACAUAAAUCCAAAACCUGUAUUCCUGAUUACCAUUUAUAGUAUAAUUUGACAUGUUGAGAGGCAGUUAGCAGUGGAUUUUGGAACAUUCAGUCCCUUGACGAAACUUCUUCAAUAUCCUGUGUCUAAUUCUAAAGGGAAAUAUAACAUUGUCCAGCUUUGUUGGGCUCCUGAUUUAAUCAUUCUGUUGUGUAUUUUGUAAUUAUAUCUGUUUAAUCUCUAAUCCCAUAUAUUGGUCUGGUAAUAGUUCUAUUAAUUUAGUAAAUAUUCAUAUGCCCAACAUCAAUGAUUACUGAUAGGCGAUCACUUACUGCACAAAACAGAUGUACAAGCUAGACACAAGAGAAAGGAAAUCUUCAUAUGAGCUUAUAAUAUAGAAUAGGCAACACAUUCAUACAACAUGCUUGUCAAAAUUGUCAAAGAACUUGCAAUCUGAAGGAGAUACAAUACUGGUGAACUGUGAUCACAUAAGGCAUUAAUGAAAGUGAAAUUGACUGAGCCAAUGGAUGCAUUAGAUUGUGAUGGCCUUUGUAUAUCUAGCAACAGCUUUGAUCUCUUUGACCUAGCGGAUUAACAGACUGGCAUGGUUUGGUUUGUAGAAAUUUGGUAAUGUGAUCAGUUUCUUGUGUGCCUUCUAGGCUGGUAAAGAAGAAGCGAGGUGGUAAGCGUAGAAGGGGUCGUUCGGAAGAAGGAAGCCAGCGUCCCCUGCUUAGUACCUCUGAGCCUGAGGAUCCCGAUGCAGAACAGGACAAAUCACCAAUUGCUUGCAAUGGGGAUGCUGAGGAGAAGCCAAGUGACCUUUCAGAGCCCGCACUUAGGCUGGCCAAAAUGCAGGACACCUCCAUGGAACGUGUUGGACAACCUCUCAGUGAGGUUAUAGACAAACUGAAUGGUCAGUUGGACCCUCAGAGCUGGAACACCCAUCCUGAAACACCAGAUCAGUCCUUUCGGACCUGCUCUCCGGGGCAGACACCCGGUGGCCUCCAAAGCCAAGACAUUAGCCAGGGUAUGCAAGACCCCAUGGACUUCUACUACUUUACCCCAGAGAGUCCAGACACUGCUACAACAGGUGGUGGCUACAAUGACUCUUCAAGCCAGGGCCAACCAACACAUGUUUUUAGUGGCUCUGAGGAUGCUGGACAAGGGGAAGAAGGAAGAAAGGGGCAGGCAGAGGUUGAAGGAUCCAUAGAGAACUUACCAGAAGAGCCACUCCUGGAAAACUCUGUAGGGAAGAGCAGUCCAGAACUUAGUAUCGCAGAAGACUCUGGAGUUGAAGAGGGCCAGGGGAGCCCUUCUGAUUCUCCACACCCCUGCGAGUUCAGGUACAUUUAAUACUAACCCCAUAUGGAUUAUUUGUUUUUAAUCAACUCUAAUCCCUGAAAAUUUUUAAUCAAAGUACGUUGUAUGUUAGCAGUUAAAUGAUUUUCCAUCUGCCAGGACAACACAUACUAUUUUAUUUUUGGACAUCUAUUAAAAUCCUCUAAUUAUUCCACGUAGUGAUCAUACUACAUAUAGCUGCAUAGUGUGACCAAAUCCACAAUAUUUUUUUUUAAAACAUUUGAACUGAAUUGUAUGUUCCAGCUGAUUUCUCUUGGUGCUUUAUUCAAUGGACACUCCACUCACCUACAAAAUAUAUAUUUUAAUAUUGUGAAUAAUAAAAAAAAAAAAAUGUAAAUUCGCUGUUUCUGUUGUCACUAAUCAAUUACACAAAAAUGUAUUCUUGACCCUAUAGGGUUAAAACCACCAUAUAGCCCCCUGGGCCCCUCAUGCCUCCAUAAAUAUAGCAAAAUCUUAAUGUAUUCAAGCCUGAAGCUCUAGACCUGCAUGUUGUUUGUCUCAGAAAAACAAGCUGUCUGCUGACAUCAUCAGAAGUGGUAGCCUGAUCCAAUCACAGUGCUUCCCCAUAGGAUUGGCUGAGACUGACAAAGAGGCAGAUCAGGGGCAGAGCAAUCAUGAUUCAAACACAGCCCUGGCCAAUCAGCAUCUCCUCAUAGAGAUGAAAUGAAUCUCUAUGAGGAAAGUUCAGUGUCUGCAUGCAGAGGGAGGAGAUACUGAAUGUUUGGAUGCAUUUUAGGCAGCCAUGACGCAGGAAGGAUCUCUAACAGACAUCUGAGCAGUGGCCAGUGAAGUUAUCACUAGGCUGUAAUGUAAACACUGCAUUUUCUCUGAAAAGACAGUGUUUACAGCAAAAAGCCUGAAGGUAAUGAUUCUACUUACCAGAACAAAUGCAAUAAGCUGUAGUUGUUCUGGUGACUAUAGUGUCCCUUUAAUGUCAGCAAAGUCCCACUUUAUUAUACAGAGAGCAAGGCAGACUCCAUCAUCACCCACAGGAUAAAUGUUUCUCAUUUAUUGAUUUGAUUUAUUUUAAUUUAUUGUGGAAUGAUACAUCAUUCAGAAAAAAAAUCUGUCAUAUCCUAUCUCCUGAGUUCUGCUAUGCAGAGCCCUAUAGUUUGGGUACCCCUUUCAAAAGAAGAUCUUUAAUGAUCGGCUAUAUAUUUAUCAUCAGGCAAUGCAUGCAUUCACAUAGCUGAUGUCAUUUGGAACUAAAAAUGUUUGUGACUUUUACUAGUUAUAAGAUUUCCAUACAAUUCUCUGGAACAUUUUCUAUAAUGAAAAUAUCUGUUUGAUAUCCUUACAGAGUGGAUAAUAAUCUUCUUCUUUUGCUAAUGAUUCAUGUCUUCCGUGAAAAUGAAGAGCAGCUCUUCAAGGUGAGAAUCAUGCAUUUUACAGUAUGGGGUUUCCUUGUCGUUUCCUUUUGCAGUUUGUUGCAUUAUUUGUAUAUUGCCCCUUUCUCCUGUCUGGCAGAUGUUUCGGAUGAGUACGGGCCACAUGGAAGGAGACAUGCAGAUGGUUUAUGUGUUACUGACAGACUGUUACAUCUACUUAUUGAGAAAAGGUCAGGCUAUGUCCUUCUCAGUCUUCAGCCAGGCAGUAUUCAUGUGUCUAUUGCUGUUCUUGUUCUCAUGUGUUUAACAUAUUCCCUUGCCUGACAGGCGCUGCAGAUAAGCCAUACAUGGUGGAAGAUGCCAUAUCGUACUAUGAGCUUGACUACAUCUCUGUGAGUGGAGCCUCUUCUUAUAUCCAUGUGAGCAUUUUCUUGCUUUUUUUUCUAUUCUCUACUAAGUGUUUGUUUUCUUGAUCAUAGGUCGGUUUGGAUCAUCAGACGGUAACCUUCGUGUGCACUAACAGGCGUCGUCAGUUCAUGGUGGACACCGCUGAUACAAAUCUAACAGAGUGAGUUUACUGUUAGAUUAUAGAUAUAAAGACAUUUGGAAAACCAAUGAUGGCUUAAAGUCCUGUAGUCCUAUAAUCUUCCACCAGCCAUGUUAGCCACUUAAUGCAGUCCAGUAACCUUGCAGGGCCAGCUUACUAGGGAUGAAUUUCCACUUAUUAGUGGUGAAUGGUCAAGAGGUUUAAUUUCUAAGCACAGGUAAAUCGCAAACCUGCAUCUUAAUACACAGCUGUCAGAUCUACCUGUAGUGUAAGUCAAAAUAGCAGUAACACUCCUCACAAUAUUAGGCUGAUAUCCAGUAUUCUUUUAGACCACUGAGUGUAAUACAUGUCAUAGGUACACCUGCUGGGUAUUAAUGUAUUCACCAUUGCUACAAAGUGUAUUUCAGGGUUUCCUCACUUUUGUCUAAACCUUUAGCUUUAGACUACUGAUCUGUAUUUGUCGGGUAUGCAGAAAAUAUGAUUUGAGAUCAAUUUAAGAAAAUAUGAUUUCUGUUAAACUAGCACCCUUGGAUUUUUGGCAUGUUAAUUUUACGUUUUUAUCGAGUGUAAUCGUUUAAAAUAACAUAGUGACCUCUCCCAAGUGGAUGUUUUCCUAACCUGUAACUUGAUGCUUUUCAGAGUAUUCAUUGGUGCGUUAGGAUCUGCCAUGGUUAAUGGUUGCCGUGAGCCUCCGUACCCCGAGGUACUACGUGAUGCCACUAUGGAGAGAUUGGCUUUGUCGAAGUUUGUAUCACAGGAGUCAAAGCAAGAGGUAUGUCUUGACUGUUGUGGGUCUGUAAGAUCAGUCACGUAAUUAUAUUAAUUUAAAAAAGUAGAGCAACACAACUAAAUUGAAUAAAGUAAUUUGGAAAAUAAAUUGGCAUUCAUAAUCCUGAAAAGUUAAUAAAACAAGAGGAGAAACGUGUUGAUGGGGUCUAGCAGAUCUCUAGCACACAGGUUUAUGAGUAUAAUGAUAUUCGGCACUCUCAGGAACUGCUCACUGCAAUUUAUAUUAUUUUAAUGUUACAAGUUGUAUUUAGCGCUGUUGUAUAAGAUACUGUCACUAAACCUCACUGCUCUUGUCCCAGGCAUCCCAGGUGGUCAUGUUGUACUAUGGGCUGGUGCACUGGGAAGACCCUUCUGAUGACUCCCUUGGAUCUGGAGACUCUCACUUUAGAGAUCAGCCAGUGUCUAAAGAAGGAGUCCUGUACUAUAAAGCCAGCACCUCCUAUUUAGGCAGGGAAACAUGGAAGACCUGUUUUGUGGUCCUUAGGUAAGAGACUCAGUCAAUUUGUUGCUGCUGUGUCUUAUUUAUUUUUAUUUAUUUGACUUUUCGUGCUGUGUAUUUUACAGUAAUGGCAUCUUGUAUCAGUAUCUGGACAGGACGGAUCGCAUACCUGUGCAGUCUGUAAACUUGGGGUAAGUUGGGGGUUUUAUCUCUCUUGUUCUGCUUGCAUUCCAUUAAGAAGAUUUAGAGUAGCCUUGAAAAGGUCAUGUUUGGUAUAAGGUGCUAAAAAUUGGGUGUAUUUUGUUUUCUCAUUACAGUCCCUUUAACCCCUUUAAAGACAUUAGGACAUGUCAAGGCUUUAAAAGUUAGGAUGGCAUGAAAGGUCCUUAAGCUUUGAUGCAAAAAGAGUUAAACCCCUGCUCAUACUGGGGAGACCAAGUUAUUAAAGGACCACUAUAGUGCCAGGAAAACAUACUCAUUUUCCUGGCACUAUAGUGCCCUGAGGGUGCCCCCACCCUCAUAUAAAGAGGGUGUUGUUAGGGAUAGUGUAAGGUUUAGUAUAGGCAUAGCAUUAGGUGUAGGGUUAGUAUUGACAACCACCCUCAGGGUCCCCCUCCCGCCCGGCUCUGGAAAGGGGAAAGGGGUUAAAACUUACCUUUUUCCAGCGCUGGGCGGAGAGCUCUCCUCCUCCGAUCCUCCUCUUCUCCUCCCCGUUGGCUGAAUGCGCACGCGCGGCAAGAGCUGCACGCGCAUUCAGCCGGUCACAUAGGAAAGCAUUCAUAAUGCUUUCCUAUGGACGCUGGCGUGCUCUCACUGUGAAAAUCACAGUGAGAAGCACGCAAGCGCCUCUAGUGGCUGUCAAUGAGACAGCCGCUAGAGGAAAUAGGGGAAGGCUUAACCCAUUCAUAAACAUAGCGGUUUCUCUGAAACUGCUAUGUUUAUAAAAAAAUGGGUUAACCCUAGAAGGACCUGGUACCCAGACCACUUCAUUAAGCUGAAGUGGUCUGGGUGCCUAGAGUGGUCCUUUAAUCAAUACCUGGGCUCCCACAUGUCAGCUGGGUCCAUAUUCAGUCACAGUGAUAACUUGGAAGCCAAGGUUCUAUGUAAGAACCCAGCCCAACAGGGUCUCCCUACAUGCCAGAACUGGUCACUAUAUGAUCAGCAGGGACAGCAUGCAGGAGCUGCAGCAUGAGAAGGUGCUCACAGAUAGUACUGUACUGUGUUAGCCAAGAAACAUCUGUCCUUAUGUCAGUAUAGACAUCAAUAGAGAGAAUCCCUCUGAGUUAGUGUUGGUGUAAGAAUUAAUGUUGUUAGGGAUAGUGUAAGGUUUAGUAUAGGCAUAGCAUUAGGUGUAGGGUUAGUAUUGACAACCAAAACUGUAUUCAGAUCCUUGAUAUACAAGACAGAAUCGGGACUGAUAAGUGAAUCUAUUUUGAGUUUUUUGUUUGUUGUUGUUUAAUUGCACUCGAUGUGUAAAAUAUACAAUAAGUAAAACGGUGAAAAAUGUUUCCCCCCCCUCCCCCCCAUUUCUAACAUUUUAUUCACAUUUAACAUUGUACAAUGUAUACAUAUAGAAUAAUAAAAUCAAUUUCUGUCUUUAAAAAAAACAAAACAAAAAAAAACAACAAUAUAUAAUAUAUCUUUUCAUGGGACAACACUGAAGAAAUUACACUCUGCUACAAUGUAAAGUAGUAAAUGUACAGCCUGUAUAACAGUGUAACAUUGCUGUCCCCUCAAAAUAACUCAACACACAGCCAUUGAUGUCUAAACCGUUGGCAACAAAAGUGAGUACACCCCUAAGUGUAAAUGUCCAAAUUGGGCCCAAAGUGUCAAUAUUUUGCCAUUCCUGGAUCCCUCAAUAAACUGUAGCUCCCCAGUGCCGGCAGCACUCAUGCAGGCCCAGACCAUAACACUCCCACCACCAUGCUUGACUGUAGGCACACUUUCUUUGUACUCCUCACCUGGUUGCCGCCACACACAUUUUGUUUUAAAUCUGUUUUUAUUGAGGUCAACACACUAAGCAGUUUUCCCACGCAGGGGGUAUAGCGUAAACAAUGCAUUUGUUAUGGAAAAACAUGAGUUUAUCAUAGCAUGUUAUAGCCCUAGAAUGUGGUACACUUGAAAUAUGUUUUUCUUUUGUUUUGUUUUUUUUUCCCCUCUGCGUCGGCUGAGUUCAAGAUGGGGCCUAAUAUGUCACUAUGCGGUCAAAUUGUGUCUAACUAAGCCUGUGGUAAAGCUUUCAGUAUACGUAACCCUAUGUAAUUAUGUAGACAAUUCCAAUAUAAGUUGUACCACAUGCCAUAUUCGCAUUUGGUUUGCCAGUAAUUUGAUUACUAUGGCUAACAUGCAGCCUAUGUCCGCUGAAGCCAUGUAGCGUGGAGAACAUAUUCUGGUUUGAGUUGCAGUACAUGCAUUUACAUAAUCAACAUAUGCAUUAGUAUCUGUAGGUAAUUAUGCAGCGAGUGUAUGAGGGCGACGUGUUACCUUGUGGAUUUAUACCCCGAGUGAUUAGGUACAUGAGACCUAUCAUGUGAUGUGCUCAAGUAGCGCUUAGUCUAUUGUGACUCUAACUUGGGUAUUAGGAAUAACUGUUUUACGCCCAUUUAGCUCAGGUAUUUAAUCGGAGCAGGUCUUCGUUAUGGGCAAGCUUUAUACCGUUUAUAGUGUAAUAAACAUUAUGCAACAUCAGUGAACAAAUGCCUCAGGGGGCAAUGCAAAGCAAGAAACCAUAUACUUAUUCACAUUAAAACAUCUUAAUUAUCGAAUAGUAUAGACACUAUAUUACUUAUCAAUCUGAUACUAGCUGUAGCUAUUGGUGUAGUAUGUAGGCUGUGUCGUGAAGUUAGAGUCUGAGUAUCUUAUGUUGCAGUUCGGUUAGACAAGCUCUAAUUAACGGCAUUAGACUUAUGCCCUUAGGGGCUCUUUAGCAUGGGAUGUCGUCCUGUGUGACAGUCCCUGGUCUGGUAUGCCUCUGCUACAGCACGGUCCCAGGGUUGCCGAACCUCCUUCCGUCCUCUCCCCACCUACUCCAGUCCGCUGGCUGUGUCCUCCACUGUGCCGUGGGCACCCAAGGGCUGAGGCCGUCCACUCGACCCCACCACAAAGUCUGUGGCCCGCCCGCCCCCUGCACCUCCCCAACACCGUGUCGUUCCACAAAGAGUGUGUUCCCCCAAGUCUCUCCCGCUGUCGGCCUCACUCUUGGGGCCGGUAUGCGUAUCCCACGGCCACCGGUCCGCCGGAAGGGCAGCACACUCCUGCCCCACAGGGCUCACGGCAGCGGGGACAUAGCUCUCCGGGGACCCCCAUACCCAGAUGCCGGGGAACUCACUGCUCCAGCGGGUGCAGGGUAAGCGCGGAGGUUCCAUCUGGCGUCAGCUUCGCCUGUGCCUGUAUGAGCAGUCCAUGCCAGACCCCCCUAGUGAGUGCGUUGUUCCACUUCACCUUCUGGGCCCCCACCAGCUCAUUUCUCCUCUGUCAUGGUGCACUUUCUCCAUCGUGUCUGCCUCCUCAGUCCCUGUGUUCCAUUUUCUUGGUGGGCCUCAUCUUGGCAGCCUUUGCCAGUGUAGGGGCGCAGAAUGGUGCUCUCCCGUGUGGGUCUAAGCCUUCUUGCCACCGAUCUGGGUGCCUCCUCGGGUGAGUGUUUCAGCCCCUCCGCGGGCACCUCCAAUGUUGCUGGCUGGCUGAGUGUCUUGCAGCCGGUGCCAGUGCAGGCGGUCGGCAUCCGGACCCCACGGGGACUCCCGCUGCGACCCGUGCCUCCACCUGGAAGCCGGGAUAUCCCCCGCCGGCCAAAAAAGGGGGGGGGGGCAGGGCCGUGCCCCGGGCCGCGUAUCUCCCCCUGUCUAGGUGUCUAUAGCGGGAUGCCUCUGUUCUCUGCUCCGCAGCGCCGUGCUGCCUGUAAUGGCCGCCGGUAUUCUGGCGCUCUGCCUCGUGUAGGCCGGUCCCGGCCCUCUCUGCUUGCCUGGCUUGCGGUGUGCAUCGUGCAGGUAUCGGGGGUAAGCUGGUGCCGUUCUCUGUUUGAAUCUGGCAGAGUAUAGCAUAGUUAGGCAGUCUGGGGUGAGUGUUUUAGUGCCUUUUUUAUCCGCUUAGUGCAGGAGCUCAUGUUAAUGGCGUCCACUCGGCCCGGCGGCCCGGCCCCGCCCCCCCACACACAUUUUGACACCAUCUGAACCAAAUAAAUUUCUUGGUCUCAUCGGACCACAGGACAUGGUUCCAGUAAUCCAUGUCCUUAGUCUGCUUGUCUUCAGCAAACUGUUUAUGGGCUUUCUUGUGCAUCAUCUUUAGAAGAGGCUUCCUUCUGGGAAGACAACCAUGCAGACCAAUUUGAUGCAGUGUGUGGCGUAUGGUCUAAAGCAAAGCACUGACAGGCUGACCCCCCACCUCUUCAACCUCUGCAGCAAUGAUGGCAGCACUCAUAUGUCUAUUUCCCAAAGACAACCUCUGGAUAUGACGCUGAGCACGUGCACUCAACUUCUUUGGUCUACCAUAGCGAGGCCUGUUCUUGGUGGAACCUGUCCUGUGAAACCGCUGUAUGGUCUUGCCCACCGUGCUGCAGCUCAGUUUCAGGGUCUUGGCAAUCUUUUUAUAGCCUAGGCCAUCUUUAUUUAGAGCAACAAUUCUUUUUUUCAGACCCCCAGAGUGUUCUUUGCCCUGAGGUGCCAUGUUAAACUUCCAGUGACCAGUAUGAGAGAGUGUGAGAGCGAUAACCCCAAAUUUAACACACCUGCUCCACAUUCACACCUGAGACCUUGUAACACUAACGCGUCACAUGACUCCGGUGAGGGAAAAUGGCUAAUUGGGCCUAAUUUGGACAUUUCUACUUAGGGGUGUACUCACUUUUGUUGCCAAUGGUUUAGACAUUAAUGGCUGUGUGUUGUUAUUUUGAGGGGACAGCAAAUUUAUACUGUUAUACAGGCUGUACACUUACUACUUUAUACUGUUAUACAGGCUGUACACUUGCUAAUUGUAGCAGAGUGUCAUUUCUUCAUUGUUGUCACAUGAAAAGAUAAAAUAAAAUAUUUACAAAAAUGUGAGGGGUGUACUCACUUUUGUGAGAUACUGUAAAUAGAAAUCCUUAAAUUAAGGGUCAAACACAUAGCACAAAUGCUAUGCUUUGUUUUGGAUCAGAGGUUGGAGAAUUGCCUCAACUGUCAAGGGGGCAAAUGUUUAAGUGAAGCCUCUGCGGUGCUUUCUUUUAGGGGGGAGCAGUGUGGUGGUUGCCGGCGUGCUAACUCAACAGAAAGACCCCACUCUUUUCAAAUAAUCCUCAGCGACAAACCAUCUCUUGAGUUAAGUGCUGCAAACGAAGAGGAGAUGGCAGACUGGAUGCUGCAUUUGUGCCAAGCUGUGUCUAAAGGGGUAAGUUGUCUUAUUCUUAACAUAUGAGAUCUUUGGACAGCCCUGUUAGUCAAAAUGCCUAGUGGGGAUUGUUGGGCCAAAAAGAAAGGUGAAACUACAUAGUAAUGUUUGUGUAUCCGCAGGUUAUACCCCCAGGUAUUGUACCCUCUCCUUGUCUUCCAUGCUGUGUGGUGCUCACCCAGGACAAACUCAUUACCUGUCACCAGGAUUGCCAGACCAGCUUCUUCAGAGCACUAGGCAUCACAGAACUGCAAGAUGUUUCAUCCCUGAGCACAGAAGAUCGGAAGGAGUACUGUAUUGUGGUGAGUGACCAUGAGUAUUCGGUUUCCCAGUACCAUUCUAUAUGCUAUUUCCCAAUACCGUCCUACAUUCUAUUUCACCAAUACCAUUCUUCAUGAGUAUGCUAUUUCCCAAUACCGUUCUACAUGAGUAUUCCAUUUCCCAAUACCGUUCUACAUGAGUAUUCCAUUUCCCAAUACCGUUCUACAUUAUAUUUCCCAAUACCGUUCUACAUUAUAUUUCCCAAUACCGUUCUACAUUAUAUUUCCCAAUACCAUUCUACGUUUUAUUUCACCAAUACCAUUCUACAUGAGUAUGCUAUUUCCCAAUACCGUUCUACAUUAUAUGCAAUGCUCUAUCAUCUCCUUUUCUCUCAUCUCAGCACCAAAAUAUCUCCUUACACCCACUUCCCUCAACAACACAAUUACAUUAACAUUAUUCCCUCUCUGCUUCACUCCCCCCUUCUCUCAUUUCUCUAUUCUCUCUCUCUCCUGCUCUAACUCAAUAUCAUUCUAGACCCUGCUCAUAUAAAACCCACUCACACCUUCUGUUACUAUCUCUCCUUCUACUUCUAGCAGCUGGUGAUGUCUCACCCAACCCAGGGCCCUUCACCUCGUCUGCUCACACCAAGACGACCAGAAACCAUACAAACCUCAUUCACAUACCCUGCAGUUUAUCCUCCUUUACCAACAUUCAGUGUGCACUCUGGAACGCCCGUUCCAUCUGUAGUAUUAUUAAGUCAACAACCAUACACGACCUUGUCAUCUCUAACUCACUCACAUUAUUGGCACUCACUGAAACCUGUCUGUCCCCUGCUGAUACCGCUACUCCCGCUUCUUUAUGUUUCGGUGGACUACAAUUCUCCCAGACGCGACGGAAAAGGAGGCGGUGUAGGCAUCCUUCUUUCCCCUCAAUGUACGUUUCAACCUAUCCUCCCUGCCCCUGCCCUUUUCUUUAUUUUCAAGUUCACACUGUCUGCCUUUUUAAGCCCACUCCUUUAAGAAUUGCCAUCAUCAAUCACCCCUCCGGUCAUCCUAGGCUAUUCAUUGAACACUUUUCUUCCUGGCUGCCCCACUUUCUAUCCUCUAGCCCUCCCUUUCUCAUACUUGGGGACUUUAACAUCCCAAUCAACAACAACUGAUGCCUCCCGUCUGCUCUCUGUAACCUCCUCCUUUGGCCUCACGCAGUUGUCGACUUCAGCAACUCAUACAGCAGGAAACACUCUUGACCUCAUCUUCACCAAUCUCUGUACCACCUCUAAACUCUCCACUGUUCCAUUUCCUUUGUCUGACCACCAUCUACUAACUUUUGACAUCAGCAUACCCCGUACCAAAAUUUCACCACCCUCAAGACUCCAAUCUCGCAGAAACCUCAACUGCCUUGAUCUCCAGCAGUUCUCCACCAAACUCAAUACUCUCCUCUUACCCAUCUCAAAUCUAACUUGCCCUAACUCUGCUACCUCACUCUACAACUCCACUCUCUCCUCUCAACUCAACAUCAUGGCACCUCCUACAAUUAAAUGCAGCAAGCGCCCCCAACUACAACCCUGGCACACCAAACUGACCCGUUACCUCCAAAAAUGUUCUAGAACUGCUGAACGCUGCUGGAGAAAGUCUCACUUUACCUCCACUAUAAAUUUAUGCUGCGCUCCUCCAGUUUGGCUCUCUCUGCUGCAAAAGUACAUUACUUUAAUACCCUCAUAAGUAAACUGUCCCAUCAACCCAAACACCUAUUUCACACUUUUGAUGCUCUUCUUCGCCCUGUUAAUCCCCCUUCUUCUACCACCUUGUCCGCCACAAACUUUGCAUCUCACUUCACUGAGAAGAUCUCUACAAUCAGAGAAGAGAUCGCUAAUUUCUCUCCUUUCCCUACCAUUACAUCACCCAACCCCACUCCCUCCACCACUCUCCACUCAUUCUCACCUGCUACAGCAGAAGAGGUUUCUGAUCUGCUCCGGUCCUCACGCCCCACCACCCGUUCCCUUGAUCCUAUUCCUUCAUAUCUCAUCUGCACUAUGUCUCCCUCUCUUGCUCUUCCCCUCACUAAAAUUUUCAAUCUCUCCCUUUUCUCUGGCACAUUUCCCUCACCCUUCAAACACGCAACGGUAACCCCAAUUCUGAAAAAGCCCAGCCUUGACCCCAACUCCCCAUCCAACUACCGCCCUAUCUCGCUACUGCCAUUUGCCUCCAAGAUCCUCGAGAGCGUUGUGUACACCAGACUGACUGACUUUCUCGAAACCAACUCUCUGCUUGACCCCCUUCAGUCUGUAUUCCGCGCUGGUCAUUCUUUCGAAACGGCUGUGACCAAAGUAUUCAACGAUUUAAUUGCGACUAAAUCUCACGGCCAUUACUCUAUCCUAAUUCUCCUUGAUCUUUCUGCUGCCUUUGACACUGUUGAUCAUCAACAGCUUCUUCUCAUUCUCCGUAAUCUUGGUCUAUGAGAUAUUGCUCUCUCCUGGUGCUCCUCCUUCCUCUCCCAGCGCUUUCAGUGUUUCUUUCUCUGGCUCUGCCUCUUCUCCCAACCUGUCUAUGUUAGCAUUCCCCAAGGUUCUGUCCUUAGUCCCCUACUGUUCUUUAUCUACACUGCCUCCCUUGUUAAACUCAUUAGCUCCUUUGGCUUCCGUUAUCAUUUUUUUAUGCGGAUGACACGCAAAUCUACCUGUCCUCUCCUGAUCUCUCUCCACCCGUCUUGACUCGUGUCUCUGACUGCCUCUCUUCGAUUUCCAAAUGAAUGGCUGCUCACUUCCUUAAACUCAACCUGUCUAAAACAGAACUUCUGGUCUUUCCUCCCUCAAGUGUUACUACUCCCGUGUCUGUCUCCCUCCAAGUCAACGGCGCUACCGUCACCUUUACCUCGCAGGCUUGCUGCAUGGGUAUUAUUUUUGACUCCAACCUCUCCUUCACCCCUCAUUUCCAAUCAAUCGUCAAAUCCUUUCGCUUCUAUCUCAAAAUCAUAGCACGCAUCCGCCCUAUUUAACCCCAGAUGCGGCUAAGGUGCUGGCCCAUGCUCUUGUUCUCUCUCGCCUGGACUACUGCAGUACUCUUCUCAGUGGUCUUACGUGUUCCCAGAUUGCACCGCUGCACUCUAUAAUAAAUGUGGCAGCGAGGCUCAUUUUCCUGUCCGCCCGCACCUCUCAUGCCUCCCCGCUCUGUCAGUCCCUGCAUUGGCUUCCAGUUAGAUAUAGAGCUCAAUUAAAAAUUCUGGUGCUUGUUUAAAAGUCCCUACAUAAUGCUGCUCCAACCUACCUAUCCUCCCUAAUACACAAGUAUGUCCUGUCGAGGCCCCUACGCUCUGCCAAAGACCUACGUCUAUCCUCUGUCCAUACUCCCACCUCUAACGCUCACCUCCAAGACUUUUCCAGAGCUGCACCUCUUCUGUGGAAUUCCCUUCCCUUCUCCGUAAGAAUUUUACCCAGUCUGCACUCAUUCAAAAAAAUCAUUGAAAACUCACUUCUUCAAGAAAGCAAAAAAUAACCUAAUAAGCCCUCAAUUAAUACUUUUCUAACAACCUACUUGGUACCCCUACUUUUAUCCUUUGUGUCACUAUACCCCACUCCCUCUAGAAUGUAAGCUCAUGGAGCAGGGCCCUCCACCCCUCUGUUCCUGUACGUCCAGUUGUCUGGUUACAAUUACAUGUCUGUUAGUCCACCCAUUGUACAGCGCUACGGAGUCUGAUGGCGCUAUAUAAAUAAUAAAAUAUUAUUUCCCAAUACUGUUCUACAUUAUAUUUCCCAAUACCAUUCUACAUUCUACUUGAGUAUUCUGUUUCCCAAUACCAUUCUAUAAGCUGUAUUGGAAAACUUUGGGUCAUCAAUUAUUAGAUAGUUUUGUUUUCUGUCAUGAUUUGAGUUACAAAACUUCUACUUACAUCCCAUAAAUAUUUCAGCCCCCUCGUUUUCCAUCAUACAUAUAAUUUACGAUUCACAUUUAUUCAGACCAUAUUCAUUCUGCAGACUCAUAUGAAGAAAUCCUGCAUGGUAAAGAUAUUCUAUACCAGUAAACAACAUGCAGUAGAUCCAUAAGAGAGUGCGCUGAUCUCUAUAUUUAUUUUUUAACACAAUGCAUUGUAUUUUAAACAAAGUUUUGACUUUGCUUUGCAGGAGUUCACUUUAGAUCAUGGUCCUUCCCCGCCACCUUGGGUCCUGUACUUCAGCUGCAGACAAGAGCUGGAGAGGUUUAGAUCUGCUCUGAGAUCUGCCUGGAAGGAGAUAUACCAGGUAGGGUAUAUAGGGUAAUAAGUGAAUAAUGUGGUUUAAUAGAAUUCUGCUCUGUAGCUGUAGCAUUCAUUUCAGAAUCUCCUUUCAGACAAACCUUUAUCACCAAUAAACUGUACAUUUUGUUAUGCAGCCACUAAAUCAUUGAAUGUAUGCAGAUCUUGUCUGGACCCAGUGCUAUCACCCAGGCCCAAUGUAUUGAAUGGCUACUCUGCGGCUGAUUAUAGUGGCUUUAGUGCAAUGAGUCUUUGGGCACUGUUCCAUUGUUUUCUGUCAAACCAUUUUGGGGCAACUUGGCAAAAUCUAAAGCUACCUAUACAUGUACAAGCAUGGCUUCUUGCCUUUUGCUCAUAUAUAAUGCUGCAGAUUCUCUUUCAGAAUAGCCCAGUGCUCUUAGUGCCUAAUGAUAAACUGCUUUAAAAUGAGUGAAAAGAAAGCUGGCAGAUGACACCUAAACAACAUUGUAGUUGGUUUGGUGCAUAGAGUGUCUGUCUCUUAAAUCAUUAGGUGCAGAUAUUAUGCAGGCCCUGGGUGUUAAUCAUUAGAGCGGGACAGAUAUUAAGCAGGCCCUGGGUGUUAAUCAUUAGAGCGGGGCAGAUAUUGGCCAGGUCCUGGGUGUAAAUCAUUAGAGCGGGGCAGAUAUCAGCCAGGCCCUGGGUGUAAAUCAUUAGAGCGGGACAGAUAUUGGCCAGGCCCUGGGUGUAAAUCAUUAGAGCGGGGCAGAAAUUGGCCAGGCCCUGGGUGUGAGUAAACACGAAGGUUAGCCAGGUCCCAAGUUUAAAGCUCAGGUUUUGUACAUUUAUGAGGCAGGUACAAUGUGAUGGUUUUAACACUGAUGUGUAUUUUAGGUUGACCUUCCCCAAAGACAUAUACCUGAAGAUGCCCAAAAAAAGUGUGAGGAUGCUCUGGCACUUAUCCAUAGCUCCUGGCAACGCAGUGACAGCCUGUGCCGAGGACGUUCAUCGCGGGAACCAUGGUGCUGA